CUGUUGUGGUCGAGAAGUCAGUACCCUGUGAUGACCAUCUUCUUCCGAGCCGGCUCUGAAGAAGCAAGCUCCUGGCAGACCGCCGGAAGAUGCGCUGCUGUCAUCGGCAUGGAGACCUGUUCAGCCUCUUGGACGUGUACCGGGAAUGGAGCAGCAAGCACGGCUGAUAGCGACAACGAAAUGAAGAAGCGCGGAUAACACAGUUGACUUUGAAGGUAUCUCCCAAGGCGUAUGGUACGAAGCGAAUCGAGAUCUCGUCCUGGAGCUUGCAAAGGCAGCUCUAGAUAAACUGGUGGAAGGCGCUCCUUUUGAAGACGGCCUGCUGGACGAAGCUGCAAUGAAUGCAACCAGAAGGAGCGACAGAUCUCACUGACGUCCACUUGGGAUGAUGAGAGUUCUGGUUGGAAAAUCCGGGGUCGACUUAGCCGGGCUGGAAAAAUCAGUGGGAGCUCCAGUGGCAUUCCUUGUACGUACAUGGGGACGAGGAAUGCGUGGAGAAAGCAAAGCAGGAAGCAGCGUCCUGGAAGAACGAAGCAACCCAGCAGUGGCAGCGAUCGUCAACGAGUGCAAGCUCAGGCUGUCAGGAGGUGUUCCUCGCCGUCGACUUCGCGGCCUUGCUCAGCAAAUGGACGAGCUGUGCAAAGCUUCCGUGGGAGUUUGCGUGGCCACGAGCGGGGGAGCCACAGGUCCGGACUGCGAAAGCUCAUCAGCGAUCUUUGUCUAGAGAGCUUACUAGAGAUUGAAGCAAAAAGAUAAGUAGUUUGCUAUAUAUAGCAUUAGGUUUACUGA